AUGCCCUCUCCCGUUGAGCGUCCUUUUAAUUCAAAAUUCUGUAAGUUUUACAAACCGCUCCUAGUGGAGGAAGUUGCGCUCAUCGAUCAUCCCGUGAAGCUGCAUCAUGGAAAGUGCGCGGUAAUAGGACAGCUAGCAGAGGAUGGCGCAAAACUGAUGUCCCUGGCGAUACCUGAACUACCCGAAGAAAUACAGCUUCCAGAUUGCUCUUUCGCUGUGGACAUUUCUGUGGCCAACUUCCGCGACGUAAUGCCGAACAAAGGCAACCAUGUACAGGUGUACGGUGAACUGUUGUUGCACAAUACGUGCACCCUGCUAGCUACGACACCGGAAAUCUUGAGGAGCACUAUCAUGGAACUGAACGGAACAGAACUCUGUGAAGCAGUCUUGAAAAUUACUGCCAGUCACAGACCUUUUAUUGAAGUCGACCAUAUAGAGCACACUGCACGCGCCCGGGAGCUAGUGGCUUGCAAUCUACGAAUGAGGAACAUUGGGUUAGAACGGCUUAGGAGACGGUUUAAGAAAUUAAAACUUUUAAAGACGAUAAAAAGCAGGAGAAAUCUUGACGAGGAUCCUGUGCGCCAAGGGGUGUUGAGUGCGAAGUUGAGCGACCAUUGUUUGCGCCUCCGGAUCGGUGGGAUCGAUAAUCUCGUUCAUUAUGAUAGCGUAAGGUCUUAUCGGUGAGGGAAAUAAUGUAAAGAACUCCUUCGUGGGUAAUUUUGUUUUAAUAAA